AUGGAAGAAAAUGAUCAGAACGAUGCCCGCGUGGACAACCAGGAGUCGAGCAACGAGUCGAACCGGGCCAUCAUGCCUCUUCUCCAGGCGCCCGGCAACCAGCUACCCCACCGGAUCACCAACUUUUUCAUCGACAACAUCCUUCGGCCGGACUUUGGCAAGAGGAAAGAGAGCCACCGAGAUCCAAGCCACGUUCCCGGGAGGGAGAACGUCAGCCCCUCGGCUCUGGUGUCCAGCCAGAGCGGAGGCAGUCCGCCCGUUGGAGGAGGGACUCCAGCCAGCCCUUCUGCCCCGGCCAAGAAACGUGAUGUGGCGACAGAAGGAGCGCUGAGGAAAAGCGAGAGCACCGACCAGUCCCAGAGCUCGGACUCCGACAGCUCCCAGAGCAGCAGCAACACAGCGUCCCAGCCCAUGCUGUGGCCUGCUUGGGUUUACUGCACUAGAUACUCGGACAGGCCUUCUUCAGGUCCCAGGUCCCGCAAACCAAAGAAGAAGAGUCUCAAUAAAGAGGACAAGCGACCGAGAACAGCGUUCACUGCCGAGCAGCUGCAGAGACUGAAAGCCGAGUUUCAGACUAACCGCUACCUAACCGAGCAGCGCCGGCAGAGCUUGGCUCACGAACUCAGUCUCAACGAAUCCCAAAUUAAAAUCUGGUUUCAGAACAAGCGAGCCAAAAUCAAGAAAGCUAGCGGAUCAAAGAACACACUGGCACUCCACUUAAUGGCGCAAGGACUUUACAAUCAUUCCAGCACGGGAAAGGAGCACAAGGAAGAAAGUGAAUAG